AUGUUGGUGGAAUCGAAUGUGGACGCCCCGGCGAUGUCUCCCGAAGGCUGUACAUCCCCACAGCCAAGCGACGGCGAGGAGGGUAAGGGCCGAGUGUUCGCCUGCACGAUGUGUUCGUACCGCACAGACCGCAAGAACAACCUGAAGAGACACACGCUGACGAUGCACGAACUUUCCCCGGCGCUUCUAGAGUGCUGUGGCCUGCGUUUCCUCAACAAGGCCGAGCUGAGGAUGCACACGCACAAAUUCCACCGCGACGGCUACCAUUGCGACGUGUGCGGCCGCGUCUUCUGCAGGAAGGCGCUCCUGAAGCGCCAUUACUCCGUCCACUCGGGCUUCAAGGAGUUCUCGUGCCACUUCUGCGGUUACGAGACGAGCCACAAAAGCAACCUGGAGCGCCACAUGCGCGUGCACCGAAAGGACGGAGCGCCUUUACCUCAGCAUCUCCUCGAGGGAGGCUUCCUGCCAGAGCUGUCUCAGCCUAGCGCCACUUUCUCGCCCUCGAUGAAUUUCCGCAGUGGCCUCCUGCCGCGCCAGCCCGCCCUGUCCUGCCCUGUUCUCUGA